ACACACUUUGAUCCUCUAUCUUUCAAUUGGCCAAAUCCUAUUUUCAUCGCUCCUUUCUCUUCUUGUUGUGCCGCCAGUGUUCUAUGCGCCUCCAUCAUCAUCAUCGCCAUCCUCCUCCUCCCACUCCCCAUCAUCACCAGAAGCUAGGGUUUCCGGGGUUUUCUCUCACCUUACGAGCUGGAUUCUCUCUCCUUUAUCAGGCGAAUCUCCAUGCGCCGCUGGUUCAGCGGUUUUGUUGAUUAGGCUAUGGUGUAUCGGGCCUCUCUCUUUCCCCACAUAUCAUCUGUUUUCUCUCGAUCCCUAAACGCAUCACACAUCAUCUCCAAACCUUGGAUUUACGGUCCAUUUCAUUUGACGUGGUUUAUCAAUUAGGGCAACGUUGAUUGCUUGCUUUGGUUUGAUUGUUGUGUAUAUUAUUUAUUUGGCAAAAGGCUUUUACGUUUUUUUGAGGGUUUUGGGGAUUUGGAUGGCAUUGGGGGAUUUGAUGGCGUCUCGGUUUUCGCAAACUUCGGUGGCUGUGGUGUCCAAUCACUACGAUGACUACGCUUCCAGUCAUGGUGAGGACGCUGGAGAUUCAUCCUCGCAGAGGAGAGAUUCGGAGACUGCGAGCAGUAGUUAUGGCAAUGCUGCUGUCACCACAACAAGUAUGGCCUAUUUGCCCCAGACUAUUGUGCUCUGUGAGCUUCGUCAUGACGCAUUUGAAGCUUCCGUGCCUACUGGUCCAUCUGACAGUGGCCUUGUAUCCAAAUGGCGGCCUAAGGACAGAAUGAGGACAGGAUGUGUAGCUCUAGUUUUAUGUUUACACAUUAGUGUUGAUCCACCUGAUGUCAUAAAGAUAUCACCUUGUGCCAGAAUGGAGUGCUGGAUAGAUCCAUUUUCAAUGGCACCUCAAAAAGCUCUUGAUACAAUUGGGAAAACCUUAAUUAAGCAGUAUGAAAGAUGGCAACCUAAGGCUCGUUAUAAAUGUGAACUUGAUCCUACUGUCGAUGAUGUUAAGAAACUUUGUAAUAAUUUUCGAAGAUAUGCCAAGUCUGAGAGAGUGCUGUUUCACUACAAUGGACAUGGCGUUCCAAAGCCAACUGCUAAUGGCGAAAUCUGGAUGUUCAAUAAGCAGAGCUAUACAGAGUAUAUGCCUUUGCCAAUCAGUGAUCUUGAUUCCUUGUUGAGGACUCCAUCAAUCUAUGUUUUUGACUGCUCUGCUGCUGGGAGGAUUGUCAAUGCAUUUUUAGAGCUUCAUGACUGGAAUUCUUCUAGUUCUACUGGAUCUGUGAAGGACUGUAUUUUGCUUGCAGCCUGUGAAGCACAUGAGACUCUUCCUCAGAGUGUAGAAUUUCCUGCUGAUGUGUUUACUUCUUGCCUCACUACACCUAUCAAGAUGGCAUUGAGAUGGUUCUGCAAACGUUCAUUAUUACAUGAGUCCCUUGACCAUUCACUAAUAGAUAAAAUUCCUGGUCGACAAAAUGACCGUAAAACACUGCUUGGAGAAUUGAAUUGGAUCUUUACAGCAGUGACAGACACGAUUGCUUGGAAUGUUCUCCCUCAUGAUCUUUUCCAGAGACUGUUCAGACAAGAUUUGUUAGUUGCCAGUUUGUUCAGAAAUUUUUUACUGGCUGAGAGGAUUAUGCGUUCUGCAAAUUGUUCUCCAGUUUCUCUCCCAAUGUUGCCGCCAACUCAUCAGCAUCAUAUGUGGGAUGCAUGGGAUAUGGCUGCUGAAAUUUGCCUAUCUCAGCUUCCAUUGUUGGUUGAGGAUCCUAAUGCCGAGUUCCAGCCAAGUCCUUUUUUCACUGAGCAGCUGAUGGCUUUUGAGGUUUGGUUGGAUCAUGGAUCUGAAGAUAAGAAGCCACCAGAGCAGUUGCCUAUUGUUCUCCAGGUUCUACUUAGUCAAAGCCAUCGGUUUAAAGCACUGGUGCUUCUUGGGAGAUUUCUCGAUAUGGGAUCCUGGGCUGUAGAUCUGGCAUUAUCUGUUGGAAUAUUUCCAUAUGUUUUGAAGCUGUUGCAAACAACAACACCAGAACUAAGGCAAAUUCUCGUAUUCAUAUGGACAAAAAUCCUGGCACUUGACAAGUCAUGCCAAGUUGAUCUUGUUAAGGAUGGGGGACAUGCAUAUUUUAUCAGGUUUCUGGAUAGCAUGGAAGCAUAUCCCGAACAGCGAGCAAUGGCUGCAUUUGUUUUGGCUGUUAUUGUUGAUGGGCACAGAAGGGGUCAAGAGGCUUGUACUGAAGCUGGUGUGGUUCUUGUGUGCUUGAAGCACCUUCAGGGUUCAAUGCCGAAUAACGGUCAAUCUGAGCCUCUAUUUCUUCAGUGGCUUUGCCUGUGUUUAGGAAAGUUGUGGGAGGAUUUCACUGAGGCUCAAAUUAUGGGUUUGCAGGCAGAUGCACCUGCUAUAUAUGCUCCUCUGCUCUCAGAGCCCCAACCUGAGGUUAGGGCUUCUGCUGUCUUUGCAUUGGGAACCUUGCUUGAUGUUGGAGGUGAUGCAUGCCGAGAUGGUGUUGCAGGUGAUGAUGAAUGCUAUGAUGACGAAAAAUUUAGAGCUGAGAUCAGCAUUGUUCGAAACCUACUCAGUGUUGUUUCAGAUGGAAGCCCACUUGUCAGGGCAGAGGUUGCUGUAGCUUUAGCACGCUUUGCAUUUGGCCAUAAGCAGCACCUCAAGUCAAUUGCUGCUGCAUAUUGGAAACCCCAGUCAAAUUCUGUACUGAAUUCAUUACCUUCGUUGGCCCAUAUAAAAGUUACAGGUAGUGGAUGUACUAAUGCAAACCAGUAUAUGUCGCAUGCAAGUAUUCUUUCAUCUCAAAUUGGUCCUUUAACGAGAGUUGGAAAUGACAAUCAAUCGGUGGUUCGAGAUAGGAGGGUCUCUACUAGUAGUCCUCUUACCACAUCUGGAAUUAUGCAAGGAUCGCCUUUAUCUGAUGAUUCGUCUCAACAUUCUGAUCCGGGAAUGUUGAAUGAUGUUGUCAGCAAUGGGGUUGUCCACCAUUCGAGACCAAAACCAUUGGAUAAUGCAAUGUAUUCACAGUGUGUACUGGCUAUCUGUACACUGGCUAAGGAUCCCUCUCCACGCAUUGCAAGUCUUGGUCGGCGGGUACUGUCCAUUAUUGGAAUUGAACAAGUGGUGACAAAAACUGUCAACUCUACUGGUGGUAGUGGUCGGCCUGCUGAACAUACAGCUUCAUCUCCAACUCCAAGUCUUGCAGGAUUAGCUCGUUCAUCAUCAUGGUUUGACAUGAAUGCAGGUCAUCUGCCUUUAACAUUCAGAACUCCUCCUGUCAGUCCUCCUCGACCAAGUUACUUAACAGGAAUGCGCAGAGUUUGUUCUUUAGAGUUCAGGCCUCACCUAAUGAAUUCUCCAGAUUCUGGAUUAGCUGAUCCUCUUUUAGGUUCUGCUGGAUCUUCUGGGGGUUCAGAGCGCAGUUUACUUCCGCAAUCAAUUAUUUAUAAUUGGAGCUGUGGUCACUUCUCAAAGCCUCUUCUUAAUACAGCAGAUGAUACUGAAGAAAUGUUGGUUAGAAGAGAAGAAAGGGAAAAGUUUGCACUGGAGCACAUUGCCAAGUGUCAACACUCAUCUGUUAGCAGGUUAGAUAAUCAAAUUGCUGGUUGGGACACAAAGUUUGAAACAGGAACAAAGGCAGCCUUGUUGCAACCUUUCUCUCCUAUUGUCAUUGCUGCUGAUGAAAAUGAGCGGAUAAGGGUAUGGAAUUAUGAGGAUGCAGCCCUUCUCAAUGGAUUUGAUAAUCAUGAGUUUCCUGACAAAGGAAUUUCUAAACUCUGCCUUGUAAAUGAGCUUGAUGACAGUUUGCUUCUUGUUGCUUCAUGUGAUGGAAAUAUUCGGAUUUGGAAAGAUUAUAUACUCAAGGGUAAACAAAAACUUGUUACUGCAUUUUCUUCAAUCCAGGGUCAUAAACCUGGUGUACGGAGUUUAAAUGCUGUCAUAGAUUGGCAACAGCAAUCUGGAUAUCUGUAUGCUUCUGGUGAGAUAUCUUCCAUAAUGCUUUGGGACCUAGAUAAAGAGCAAUCGCUUAAUUCUAUUCCAUCCUCAACAGAUUGCAGCAUCUCAGCAUUGUCUGCUUCUCAAGUCCAUGGGGGUCAAUUUGCGGCAGGUUUUGUGGAUGGUUCUGUGAGACUCUAUGAUGUGCGGACACCCGAAAAGCUUGUUUGUACUAAACGGCCACAUGCGAAAGUAGAAAGAGUUGUGGGGAUUGGCUUUCAACCUGGUCUUGAUCCUGGGAAGCUUGUCAGUGCAUCUCAGGCUGGUGACAUUGAGUUUCUGGAUAUCCGGAAUCCCAGGGAUACAUACCUCACGAUUAAUGCUCACAGGGGCUCGCUCACUGCUUUAGCUGUUCAUAGACAUGCCCCUAUCAUUGCCAGUGGCUCAGCAAAACAAAUGAUUAAAGUAUUCAGCCUGGAGGGUGAUUUACUUGGCACAAUUCGGUAUUACUCGACUUUCAUGGCCCAGAAGAUUGGUCCUGUAAGCUGUCUCGCCUUCCAUCCAUGCCAAGUACUGCUUGCUGCUGGAUCUGCAGAGGCUUGUGUUUCAAUAUAUGCUGAUGACAAUGCUCAAGCAAGAUGAGUGCUCAUUCAUUACUGGUGUUUGAUGGAGUCACCUUGUUGAUGAGCAGCACAAGGAAUGGACUUGUUAUGGUCGUCAAUGGAGUUUUCCGAGUGCAAUUUGCUCAUGAGAUGUGACACUCCAUUGAGCCAAUCCUGCCUCUGGCUGGAACAUGGGUUUGGCUCGAAAUUGUAUGCUACAUAUUCAUUAGCCUCCAGUUUAGAGGGUCAAUCAAGAUGGGAAGAAAUCCUGCAUAUUUAUGGGUGGGCCAGUGGAGGCUUCGCCAAAUAAUUGUUAUAUGGGUAAAUGUGUGUAAAUAGCUUCUUCUCUCUUUUGUAUCUUUCCCUUUUUCGUGUGUUUGUUGAUCUAUCCGUCCCUAUGUGCCUUGUAAAAUCAUAAUUUAAGCAUUGCAGACAGAUGUUGAUAUGGAUACCCCGUCAAUUGCGGGGAAUUCAACAUGCUAAA